AGUGAACCUUGUGAAGGAUAUUACGUUCACAAACAGGAAGAAAGAGGAAAACGCUACCUGACAGCAGUUUCAUAAUAUUAACGAAAUUAGUCAGCCCUUUUCGAAAUUUACGUCGUCGUAUGGAUAAUGUCUUUAAAGCGACUUGGGUAUUGUUGCAGAAUUAAGUGCUUUAGUUCAUUUAAAAUUGACAUGCUUUCUUGUGUCUAAAAGCUAAGGCUAAUGCUAACCUUGGCUAAAGCUCAAUAAUCAGUUAAUCUAGUCGGCUCACUCUUGGAUCACUUAAGAAAGGCUUGUUGUCGUAAUGAGAUAGACAAAUAACAAAAGAUGGUACAAGUUAAUAAGUUAAUAGUUAAAACCACUCGUUCCGCUACACCUCUGGGUUGCUAGCUUAAUAGUUAGCUUUAAUAGCAGAUUCAGCGCGAAGCAACUUUUGAGUUUAACGGUAUGCUGCCGAAGCAAGAGCAUUAGAGUUGUCCUUGUUGUAACUCAUUCAGGAGUGCAUUACUCAGACUCACUUUAUAAUAAAAGUGAACUUGUCGAACUUAAAACCUGCCACAGUCGAAAAUACCGUCACUCCUUAUGGCUACCUUAGGCUUUACUCCUGCCAGCGCACAGGAUGUUUUCAGCAUUGAAACAGCCGAGCAGUCUAGCUCUACAACAAGCGCUGUACUUAGUGGGAAAGAAGCUAGGGACUUCUAUGAAAAUUUACUGAAAGAUGGUAAAGCGCACGGUUUAACAAGCAGUGCAGUUAGCGAGACAGAUGAUGGCAGGGAGCAUAAGAAUAAACAGAAGAAGAGAGAGUCUAGUAGAAGAGUGAGGAGAGUCAGGACUGCAGAGACAGACAGGAGUCAAACCGACUCUGUGGUGCAGAGAAGCAGAAAUGGUGAAAGUGAAGGCAGCCAAAGAAGAGAGACAAGUGACUCGGAGAGAUUGAUGGAGCUCCUGGGGCUCAGGUUGCUGCGCUGUGCCCAGGAGGGGGACAUCUCUGGGCUCAAAGACCUGCUCACAAAGGGGGUCGACAUCAACUUCCAGGACACUUACUUCUGGACUGCGAUGAUGUGUGCGAGCUGGUCAGGACAAAGAGCCGCUGUGAAGCUGCUGCUGCAUCACGGAGCAGCCUGGGUUGGAGUGGUUGAUACACAGGGCAGGGAUGCCAAAGACCUGGCACUGGAAGCUGGCCACAGUGAGGUAUUGGAGGAGUUGGAGAGCUAUGGAAGAAGCCCACAGCAGGACACACAAUCUGAUAACAGUGCUGCCCAGCCUCAAUGGUGCGAUAUGUGUUGCACAGAGUACAGCAGCAGCCUGUCAUCACAUCUCUCCUCCACUCUUCAUCAGUUCAGUUUGCAACGUCCUCCACCCACCCCCUACUACUGUUUGCCCCCCUCCAGCAACAGCUACAAAAUGAUGGUCCGUUGUGGCUGGAAACCAGGGACGGGGCUGGGACCAGAGGGUGAGGGACCUAAACAGCCAGUGUCAACUGUGCUGAAGAGAGACCAGAAAGGCCUGGGCUAUGGACGAUUAAAAAGAGCCAAAGUUACGCACUUCCAAGCCCGAGAUCAUGAUGCAGUUAAACCACCCUUUAAGGAUUCAGAGAAGAGGGAAGGAAAAGGACAAAGAAAGGAAGAACACAGGAGAAAGGAGCAAAAACAUAAGAACUGGGAAAGAGAUUUUCGGGCUUCUUUUUAUCUUUGACAUUUGCUUCCACUGACUUUUCUACACGGCCUACCUCAAUCCUCAUCUGAAAGUAAAUCAUUAAACGUGUAUUAUCAAGACAAGCUGUACCUUUUUUUUUAAUUAAGCAAUACAUGUAUUACAUUCAGUGACAGUAAUUGAUUUAUUUCAUCUUCAUCAUGAUUGUAUGCCUAAAUAUGGUAAGUGUACUGCUUACACAGUCUCAGAAGGUGCUAUAAAUAGAUUUUAGUUUGUGACCAUCAUGCUGCUGCUUAUCUUUGUUUUUUAUGUCAUGUAUUCAGGACACGGACUUGUGCAGUAACACAAAUAGGGACCUCUCCCUUUGUUACUACACCGUGUACCUUCUCACCUUGUUUAACACAUGACUGCUGAGCCAUAUUUGUGAAAUUAGGUGAGAUGGUACCUGGGUGCAAGGUUGUGCAAAUGUUACAUAUGAGAGAAUAUUAAUUUUCACUUAAGAUAUUUUAGAUGGAGUUGUAAAGAAGUUACAGUACCCAGUAGCUCUGCAGCCUCAUGUGUAAGAAAUAAAUACAUGGUUUAUGUUUCACGGAGAGGCAAUUAAAGUAUGGCACCUGUCAGCCUGUUUAUAUU